AACUACAGAGAGAGAUCGAGAGAGAGAGAGAGAGAGAGAGAGAGAUGAACAGCGAAAGCUGUGUCCGUGAAAACUGCGACCGUCAAAGGAUCGGCGCUGGGUUGUAGGGGGGCGUAACCGUUUCUGUACGCAGCCAACGCAAGAUAUGACGGCCGACCAAGACCUGGGGCCGCCGUUAGACUCUUUCGGAUCCUCAGAAUAUUCGCCCCUAAGAUUCUGCUUCUCCACCCUCGCUCGCGUACCCCACUGGCUCUUCCAUAAAUCCCAGUCUGCCUCCUUCCUUUCUCGCCUCCUCCAUUUGUCUCGAAUCCUCCUCUCCGCUUCUGUUCGCCUUCCUCCUCCGGAUCACAAGGAGAGCAGUAGAGUGAGCAUGGCGCAGCAGCUCCAAGUCCUCAGCGCGCUCGACGCCGCCAAGACGCAGUGGUACCACUUCACUGCCAUCGUCAUCUCCGGCAUGGGCUUUUUCACCGACGCCUACGACCUCUUCUGCAUCUCCCUCGUCACCAAGCUCCUCGGCCGCAUCUACUACCACGUCGACGGCUCGCCCACCCCUGGUAUCCUCCCUCCCCAGGUCUCCUCCGCCGUCAACGGCGUCGCCUUCGUCGGCACCCUCUCCGGUCAGCUCUUCUUUGGCUGGUUGGGCGACAAGCUGGGCCGCAAGCGCGUCUAUGGCAUGACCCUCAUGCUCAUGGUCCUCUGCUCCGUCGCCUCUGGGCUCUCCUUCGGCCACUCCCCCAAGGGCGUAAUGGCCACCCUCUGCUUCUUCCGCUUCUGGCUCGGCUUUGGCAUCGGCGGCGACUACCCUCUCUCCGCCACCAUCAUGUCAGAGUACGCCAAUAAGAAGACCCGCGGUGCGUUCAUCGCCGCCGUCUUCGCCAUGCAGGGCCUCGGCAUCCUCGCCGGCGGGAUGGUGACCAUCGCGGUCUCCACCGCGUUCAAGAACAGGUUCCAGGCUCCUCCCUACGCCGUCGACCCUGCGGGCUCGACCGUCCCCGAGGCGGACUACGUGUGGCGAUUGAUCCUCAUGUUCGGAUCGUUACCGGCGGCGCUGACCUACUACUGGCGGCUGAAGAUGCCCGAGACGGCGCGAUACACCGCCCUCGUCGCGAAGGACGCGAAGCAGGCGGCGUCGGACAUGUCCAAGGUACUCCAGGUCGAGAUCGAGGAGGAGCAGUCGACGGUGGAGCAGAUCGCCAAGGCGCCGACGAACACGUUUGGCCUCUUCUCGAAGGAGUUCCUCCGCCGCCACGGCCUCCACCUGCUCGGCACCACCACCACCUGGUUCCUCCUCGACAUCGCCUUCUACAGCCAGAACCUGUUCCAGAAGGACAUCUUCAGCGCCAUCGGAUGGAUUCCCAAGCCCGCCACCAUGAACGCGCUCGAGGAGGUCUUCCGAAUCGCCCGGGCGCAGACCCUCAUUGCCCUCUGCGGCACGGUGCCCGGUUACUGGUUCACGGUCGCGCUCAUCGACGUCAUCGGCCGCUUCACGAUCCAAGUCCUCGGCUUCUUCAUGAUGACAGCGUUCAUGCUCGGCCUGGCCAUCCCCUACCACCACUGGACCACCAAGGGAAACCACAUCGGCUUCAUAGUCUUGUACGCAUUCACGUUCUUCUUCGCCAAUUUCGGGCCCAACAGCACCACCUUCAUCGUCCCGGCGGAGAUCUUCCCCGCGCGGCUCCGGUCGACGUGCCACGGCAUAUCGGCGGCUUCCGGGAAGCUGGGCGCGAUCGUGGGUUCCUUCGGCUUCCUGUACUUGGCGCAGAACCAGGACCCGGCCAAGGCCGACCGCGGCUACCGGGCCGGCAUCGGGGUGAGGAACUCGCUCUUCCUGCUCGCCGGCUGCAGCCUCCUUGGGCUCGCUUGUUCCUUCCUGGUCCCGGAAUCGAAAGGCAAGUCGCUCGAGGAGAUGUCCGGCGAGACCGAAGGCGAGGAACAGGUGGUGGCCGGACCCAACAGGACUGUCCCAGUGUAGUAAUCAUCGCGUUAUUUGUUGUUGCUGCUCUCUCACCUUCUCUGUUAUCUCAUGUUAAUAAGAAUGUUGUAUUUGUUUAGGAUAAGC